UCUUGGCAUAUGACGGUGAAAAUGUGGCCGCCUUGCAUCGCCUCCUCCUCCUCCUCCUUCCUCCCGGUCAGCUGAUCCGAGGUGGACGGCGUUCCGCGUGUCGGCCAAUUUCCUUGUAAUCCAGGACGACACAGACGGCCAUGGAUGGAAGCAAGAUGCUGGACUUUGUGGACCCUGGCGGCCAUGGGGAGGUGUCCAUGGGCGCUGGGCAAGGCCGAGGGCGAGGAGUACAGCACACUGGAUGAGGGGGACCAUGGAUGGUGCAGGGCUCUCAGGAGAUGGACAAGCAGGAACAGGGGACCAGAACUCACAGGUGUUCUUCAUUGAGUGUGUGAGUGCCGCUGUCGUCACCAUGAACACCUGCUCGGAGGCACCAAGCAUGAGUGACCCCCAAACCCUCCCUUCCACAGGACCCGUCAAGCCAGUCCGCCCUGCAAGACUGCCUGGUCAAGAUGGGGUCCAGCCUUGCACAGAACUGCUUGGCUGGCUGGCCAGUGCCACAAGUUGGUGGUGACAAAGUAAAGCCCUCCAUGACUGCUACAGCCUGAUGGAUGGAUCUCAUGGUAGGGUAUGAUGGGCUGAGAGAGAAGGAUGAUGAUGUAGCAAGGUGUGUGGUGACCCAGGCUGUGGAGGGUGGCUGCCACACUCACUGCUCCAGCCACUCACAGCUGUACCUCAGGAGCCAGACACCAUCUGCUUCACUCCUGCCCAGACUUUGCCACUCACACCCAACAGCUGCUUCAUCUUAAGGUGUGUGGUGACCCAGGCUGUGGAGGGUGGCUGCCACACUCACUGCUCCAGCCACUCACAGCUGUACCUCAGGAGCCAGACACCAUCUGCUUCACUCCUGCCCAGACUUUGCCACUCACACCCAACAGCUGCUUCAUCUUAAGGGUUGUGAGCCCCAUGCUAUUGAGUCUCUCCUCGUAAGUCCGAUCCCUAAGUUCCGGUACCAUCUUAGUUGCCAUUCUACAAGAAUCUACAAGCCGCUCCCCCGCUUCAAGCCAGCACUGCUACGAACACUGCAAGCCACUCCACGAUACGGCGGAAGUAUUCACACCAGCAAGGAGGAGGCACGCCCCGCUGACCUUGGGACACCCCGCAUGCCCCUCGCUCCGCAGCUGGCGGCACCACCGCCGCUGCCGGGAGCAUCGGCCCAAACCUCUUCAGGCAAACAGUCAGCAAGGGUACCCGCGGCCAUCUCCCGGUGGCUUCAAGCUGUUCCCACUACCGUUUCUUGCUCGGCGUCUUCUCAAGAGGUUACACACCCUAGUCGUCUGAUCUGCCACAGCCGCCCAUCUCUUACUAUCACAAGGACGACGCGGCCAUCAUACGUCUGGCGGCAGUGUACCGGCUCCCGCAUCCGCGGCCGCUCAAAUUGCUGGGUCAGCAGUUUUUCAACCUCCAUGGCGAGUCCUCCGAUGUCAGCCCAUCCCUCACCUCUCACCGCCGCUGUGGCCGCGGCCGAGGUUUCCUGACGCGCCUGCAACGACUGCACGUAACCCAGGGCAUCACAAGCCGUCGCCCUCUCCACUACAUCAGCUGACUAAUCUUGGUAUUUGUGGAUAUUCCCUUCUUGUCCAAAUAUGCCGACUCGGCUUAUUUUCAUUAUUGUCCGUGCAGGGGCACGAUUUUUUUUAUUUCUGUGUUCCUAACGCUGUUAAUCAGUCAUAAUUGUGGGAGUAACGUUCAUUCGCAUACGAUAUUGAUUCUUUCUUAUUGUUUGCUAGCGAGUCUAUUGAGUAUAGUGUGAUUUCCCUGAUCAAAGUUAAUCUUCAUCAGUGUGCCCUGCCUCCGUUUUCUUUUCACCGCUCGAGAGAAAACGUGAGCAUCAAUGGUAUACUCACUUAACAUACCACUUGUUUAUAUAGUUAUUCUUUCUAUAUAUACCCAUAUCAUUAGGGCAUUCCAUUAUAACCUUAACUUCUAUUACGUCUAAACAGGCACCUUGCUAGCCAUUCUUUCUUGCCUUUUUGGGUUUUCAACGCAAACUAUUCAUUCAUACACGUUCCGUUUAUUGGUUCGUAUUUACAGCUAUCAACAUAUGCUCCUCUUUUGUAAAUGAUUUACACCUUUAACCAGUUGGCUCGUCCUUCAAGUGAAGAGGGACUGGAACACGAUACCACAACCGGUGAAUUUACUAAGGUAAUCUUAUGUUCAGGCACUCAUUAUUUAUCAAUUACAGGCCGCAGAAUUCGUUCACCCCCGGGUUCGUCUGCAUACUUACAACCCACUCAAGGUUCAAGGACACCCUCACCAGCAUCCCCUCGCACCAGCCGCAGUAUUACAGGCUCAAAAUCAUGAUGUUGCGUUUUCUGACCAUCUUGUUGUCCCUCGGCUCCCUGCUUGCAACAACACCCAUCCACCUGAAGCCUGGUGCCCUCACGGCACACAUGGGAGAGGUCUUCCUCAUAGAAGAUGUGCUCCUCGUAAAAUAUCCAUAUACUUCCUUGACCACCACCACGGACACAAUCAGGAUAGUCUCAGAAAAACUACUCGGCAUGGCAGACGCUAUCCGGGCUACCAAGACUAGGGAAUCAAAGGCUCCUUCUAGUACCAACUCUCUGACUCUUUUUCAACUACUGGAGGAUCGGAUCCUGUUCUUACGGGGAAAAGUUGAUGAGGUAAACAUGGAUUAUAGUUUUCACUCAGUUCACUCUCGGGUAAAGAGGGGAUUGCUCAACAUCGUUGGGUCCGCCUCAAAGUUCCUUUUCGGUACGGCUACCGACGAGGACGUUCGCGAUUUGCGGGACCACUACGCUCAUGUACUUUCCUUUGCUGCUCGAAAUCGCAGGGUGAUCAACGCCAAUUGUAGAAAACUUGCGCAAUUGCAUACUAACAUUGCGGUACUGCUAGAGCAGACAAAUAAGAUGGUAGAGGUUAUCAACAUAGUUGUCAAACAGAUCGACCAGGUGAAUCAGUUUCUCCUCCUAGAUCAGGCCUUGCAUGUAUUGGAAAACGUCAUUAACUCCGUCGCAACGGCAAAUCAGCAGGUUAUUAGCAACGUGGUUGACGCAGCGCACGGUAGAGUCACACCUGCCUUGUUCCCUCUACACGAUUUGAGAACGACUGUCCAGAUCGGGUAUCAAAAUUAUAGCCUGACGCCUUUAUUCACCCCGGACAUGAGUCAAUAUUUUUACCCCUUGAUUGAGUCCAGCCUCACCCCUGAUGCCAUAAUCAUUCAUGUUCCGUUUCAGACGGCGGACGUGUUUGAGGCACACGAAAUUGUCCCGUUCCCUUUUUCGGCAAAGGACAGUGUGUUGGCCCUGGACACGUCCCCGUCUCUUGUUCUAAUCGCGAAGGAUUUCGCUCUGUAUUCAACGGGUAGCUACUCACUCUUGCAGUAUUGCAAGGAGACGGUCUUCGGGCGAUUCUAUUGUUCUGCGUCUCUCUUUGCCUUCCUUCCAGUUCGGGGUGGGGUAUGCGAGAUCGCCCUCACCCGCGUGAACGCGUCUGACGCUCUUUCCCUGUGCCCUUACAAGCUGCUAACACCAACGCCUGUUUUCCAUAAGAACUUUCAGGGUCUGCAUUAUUUUUAUUUCCCUCAGUCAUUCUAUGUAUCGGUCAUCUGCCCGGAGGGUACCACUUAACAACGGGUUACUGGUCACUAUGCCAUAGCGGAAGCAUGCUAUAUCCGCUCCACUAACAUAACAACGUACCCGUCCCGGAUUCGUCUGGUUUUCACGGCCAAUAUUUCCCAUCGAGUGUUUCCUCUACGGUCUCUCGAUGACAUUCAUUUUUCCAGCAUCUCUUAUGUGACUAAUUCCCUUAAUUCAUUGUCUUUCGCGAACAAAACAGAGUUUGCGGAAACCCUGGAGGAAACGCUGCCUGAAUACUUGCAUCUCCCCUACCUGUACCCUGGAUUUUUUGUACCAAUGUUUCUGAUGUUCGUCAGUCUCGUCGUCAUGUGCUACCUUAUUAGGAGGAACUCUGUCCUGCACGAUUAUUUGGUUGUGCCGACACGGCGACUGGAUGCAGGGAGGCCACUGGCAAGGUAGUUUUCCUUUUCUCAGACAAGUCAGGGGACAGAAACCUGGCUGCUCCUAUACUUAACAUUGUACUGUGUUUCACUACUGUAUUUUUUUUUUAGGAGCUAGAUCAACGUUUCAUUGUCUGUAACUAUGCCAAUUGAUAGUUUCUUAUACAUGUGUCCUUAUAUUUAUCUUUUGAGAGGUUUCUUAUGUUUCAUGUCACACACGUUGUGGUUUCCCUCUCCCUAUUUAUAUUAUAAUUCCACAUCUGUUCUUACAUAGCCAGUGUUUUAAUAUAAUUGUAUCAUAGGCAGUCUGCUUGACAAACUCCCUCUAUGUAUGUUCAUGGUACCUAGACUGCUAUUUCGAUUUUUAUAUAUCGCGAGGUCGCGAUCACUGGUAGGUGACCGAGCAGUGUUAUAGUAGGAUAUCAAUGUAUUAUUAUUAUUUAAUAUCACCACGAAUUAGGCAUACAAUUGUCAAUGGAAAAACCCCACGACAGAUAGAUCACGCCACCUUAUAGGAAUGUCGUCCGUCAGUGUUUACCGUCUCAGUUUUGUAUACUUCGCACUCCGAUGGUGCGUGGAGGUCACCUUGACAUACGUGACCAAUUGUAACAAUUAUUUUCCAACCUGUAACUCGCGUCUCCUUCACGAGAGUCCGACUGACACACAACGACAGUCGCUCUCGCUCCGUCGCUUCUUGUACAUAAAGGCUACGAAUAUAAUUCGCCUUAAGGAA